AUGGUGCAUCUCUCUGGUGAAGAGAAGGAUACAUUCACUGCCCUGUGGGGCAAGGUUGAUGUGAAGAAGUUGGGUUUCUGCCAGGCACUGAAUCCCCCAGUGCUGAUUGUCUACCCAAGAACCCAGAGGUUCUUUAUACCGUUUGGGGACCUGUCCUCUGAACCUGCUGUUAUGAGUAAUGUCAAGGUGACGGCCCAUUGCAAGAAGGUGCUGGCUACCUUCAGUGAGGGUCUGAAUCACCUGGACAACCUCGGGGAAAAUUUUGUCCAGCUGAGUGAGCUGCACUGUCACAAGCUCCAUGUGGAUCCUGAGAACUUCAGUCUCUUUCUCACACUCCAGGGCAAUGGGCUGGUGAUUGUGCUGGCCUUCUACUUCGGCAAAGAAUUUACCCCAUAG